UGCCGCGUCGCCCUUGCGCAGGCGCGGGGCGGCCAUGUCGGCCGCGGUGGAGCGGCGGCUAGCCCGGUUCCGCGCCACCCGUGGCAGCACCGCCGCCGCGCCGCGCCCCGCGGAGCCGCCGGGAAGGGCCGCGGCUCCACCAGAGGCCGCCGAGGGACAGCGGGCCGUCGCGGCAGGCCCGGGCGGCGGCGCUCAGGCCCGUCCCGGCGGGGUGGCGGCGCCGGUGUGGGCGCGCCCGCUGCUGCUGAAGGUGCUGCUGUGGGCCGUGCUGCUGGCGCUGUUCGCGGAGCUGGAGCUGGGGCUGCCCUACUUGGUCCUCUCCGGGCUGUACUGGAUGUACGCCGGCACCCGCGGCCCGGCCGAGCGGCGGCGGGGCGAGCUGAGCGCCUACUCCGUCUUCAACCCCGGCUGCGCCGCCAUCGCCGGGACGCUGACGGCCGAGCAGCUGGAGCGGGAGCUGCAUUACCGGCCCGCCGCCGGCAGGUAGCCACCGGCCCGGUGGCGGGGCGAGCCGCUUUGCUGGGCCGGCCCCGCUGCCCCUCGCCCCACGGCCCCGGGGGUGUGCCUGCGCAGAACGCCGCCUGCGCCGGACUGGGGGCCGGGUUCCCCGGGCGCGGUGGUCCCGAAUAAAGUCGUAGCAAAGCAUG